AGAAUUGAUUCCUUCUAGAUUAGUUUAUCAAUGUCAAUUUGAAAUAUGAACACCAAGUCAAGUGUGUCUUUUGAAAGAUUACGAGUGUAAUUUACGUUAAAAUCAAUGGCAUCUGGAAGGGACCUUCCUGGUUCUGAUGACCAUCGCGUAACGACAAAUAGCUCACUGGUUGAUGAUAAUCCCAAGAUAACAAUGGAAGAACUAUUACGACUAAAGGACGAGUGUUUGACCAAGAUAAGAGCAGAAGAACUCUAUCAAGUUCGUAACGAUGCCAAACUACGAGCAGUUUACACGUCACAAUCAUACGAUGAAUUCAAGGAUAUUGUGGAUGCAGCACAUCUGAAGCCCAUUAAUAAAAAGGAUAAGAUGGAUGCGAGCACAAAAAGUCGCCUGUGGAAUACGGCAGCGAAAGAAUGUCCAAAGGAUUGAAAAUCGACCAAGGACAGAGUAGGAGUGAAUGGCGUCUGUGUGUUUAAGUAAAUCCAAUUCUUCCGUACAAAUUUCCGCUCUAUUUAAUUGCAAAAUACAA